AUGCCAUUGGACAGAGAUCAGCUCGUUCGGGUGUAUACGGCGCGGCUUGUUAGCUCGCUAGUCCCGAAAGAGUUUGGCGAUGAAUACGUUCAAUCACUUACAAAUGAUUUAGUUGUGCAUCUCAGCCAACCUUCAAUUCCAAAGUCAUCCGAGCAUAUAGAUACUAUAUUGACGCGUUUUAAACAAUACUUUCUAAGUAAUGGUCUAUCUAGUGAAUGGGGGAUGUUUCAAAGUGCUAUCAAUAACAUUGCAGUGGCGAAAUCCCCGCUGCAAAUUGCCAAUUAUUUGGUGUUUUUAGAUGCAUUGAAUGAGGGAAGGCCAAAUAAACGAUCUAGGGUCACGAAUUUACAUUCAUCUCCAUAUCGAGCGGUGAGUGCUGCUACCACUGCUACUGCAGCCACCAAUACUACCGCCAGUGCCAUAUUGGAGCCACUUACACCAUCUAGUGGCCAGGGUGGUACAGGAGGACUUCAUCCUACUCUUCAUCAAAGCAUGUCUGCACACUAUACCUCAUUACCCGAGAAAACUAUUCUUACAUACCUUCCAUAUACGCUCUUAGGAGUAGAUUCCAAGAUUUUUACCUUCACAAACUCAUCAGAAUUGGAAAUACCUUCAACAAUUAAUCACAGUUAUUCAGGGUUACUCCAUAAUAUCCUUGAACCAGCGUUGAUUUAUCGGAAAUUAAAUCAAUUAAUUGAUUCUUCUUCACGUCGAAAUAAUCCUAAUAAUAUGAAUAUAUCGAGUUCAAUGAUAGCGGGGAUUAAUUCACCAAUAAAAAUUGCAUUUCUUAGAUCCCUUGAACAAGAAUUAAAUCUUUACGUUAAAGAAAUAAAUGGAAUAUUCAAUCAAUCUAAAUCUCCAGAAUCAGUUCUAGUUGUUUAUAAUCAACUUUAUUCAAAUAUAUUAAAGCUUCGAUUAUUAUACUCCAUACUGAAUGAUUUAGAGUUAAUUACAGGGUAUGAAUUAUUAUCUAAAGUUGAUAAUUUACUGAAAUUUGGGAAUUUAAUUAUUAAGGAAAUUUCUACAUCAAUUUUAAUAACAAUUUCUAAACCAUAUUUCGAAAUAUUAGAACAUUGGAUAAUUCAAGGUGAAUUAAUUGAUAAUAAUAAUGAAUUCUUUAUACAUUACAAUGUUGAAGGCCAAAAUUUAAAUGAUAUUAUUCAAUUUUCUGAAGAUAAAAUUCCAGAAUUUUUAAUAUCAAUCAAUAAAGAUUUAGGGUAUAAAAUUUAUCAGAUUGGUAAAUUACUUAUAUUUCUUUCUAAAUAUUGUAGAGAAUUAACAUGGAUCAAUGAAUAUGGCGUUAAAUAUUCCAAUAUAAUAUUCCGGGAACAUCUGGGACUUCAAUCUAUGGGGACAAAUGAGAUAAUUCAAUUAAUUGAUCAACAAUAUAAGGAAUUAUUACAUUAUUUUACAAUAACAAUUCAAAAGAAAUAUGGAUUAUUUCAACAUUUAAUUCAAUUUAAAAGUUUUUUAUUAAUGAAUUCUAAUGAUUUUAUUGAAUCAUUAAUAUCAAAAGGUUCAACACUAUUUAAUGAACCAUCUAAUAUUUUAACAUCUAAUCAAUUAUCGAAAAUUUUGAUGGAAUCCAUAUCUAAUUCAUCAGUUAAGAAUUUGAAUCCAGAAUACAAAAAUCGUUUAGAUGCAAGAAUUUUAGAUCUUAAUGGAGGAAAUAUUGGAUGGGAAGUCUUUACAUUAGAAUAUAAGAUCGGAGAUUUACCAAUAGAUCAUAUAUUAAAUCAUGGGAAUAAUAUAAUUGGAUAUUUAAAAGUUUUCAAUUUCUUGUGGAAAUUGAAAAACCUCAAUUUUUUAUUAAAUAUUGGAUUUAUCGAAAGCGGGACUUUAAUCAGAAAUGAUUUAAAGAAAUUAAGAUUAACUUAUACCAAGUUAAAGUCUAAAAUAAGAAGGAAGGAGAAAUUAAUGAGUUUAAGAGAUGAAAAAAUCAUUUGGUUGAUGAGAUCAUUUAACAAAGUAUGCAUCAUAAGGAAUCGAUUCAUCAAGUUCAUAUCAAUAUUAUUAAAAUAUUUAUCAUAUGAUAUCAUUGAAACAUCAUUCAAUCAAUUAGUGGUUAAGAAAUUAUUCAAAUCUAAAAUAUCAACAGUUCAAGUUGGCAAUAAAUUUGAGAUAAUUCCUGAAUUAUCUAAAGGGUUUUUGGAAUCCAUAACGAAGAAGAAGACCAAUAAUAAUGUUACUAAUAAUGGAAUAAUUCCUAACAAUGAAAUUCAUAAUAUGAAUGAAUUAACAAUUGAUGAAUUAAUUUCAAUUCAUACAAAUUAUUUGAAAUCAAUUAUCAAUUGUAAACUCUUGAAUGAGCAAGAGAUUGGGAAAUUCUCUGGUGAGAGUUUUAUACAACAAAUAUAUGAAUUUUUAGAAAUUCAAUUUGCAUUUAUAAAAGGAUCAGAAGAAUUUUCAUCUUUAAUAGUGAAAUAUGUUUCAUUAUUAAAUAUUGAUGAGAAUAUUCAAGUGACUGAUGACAUUGAUAUGGAUCAGUUUGAUGAUGAAUUUGUUGAAAUUGAAGGAAGUUUGCAAAAUAUGAUGGACAGGAUCCAUAAUGAAUUAUACCAAGGUGAAUUUCUUCCAAAAUUGGAAAGAUUUGUCAAAGAUUUACGGGGUACAAUAGAAUUUAGAGAGAUGAGUAAAUUUUUUUAA